AUGUCAUUGGUGGAGCUGGCAAUGGCGCAUAUAACGAACCAUAUCAUUGGCGGAGCUAACAACGGUGCAAGACCAGAUCCCAAGAGAAACUCGCCAUGUUUGUCUGAUUACGAUUGUCUGCCGUACGAACACUGUUACUUGCACUCGCUCAGUACUCCAUUUGGUGGGAUAUGUCAAGAUAAACCGUCGGGUCGUCAGAUGCGAGAUGCUUCCCCCAUAAAUUACGAUUAUUACGAAAAUAUCAACAACAACGAUGCACAAUACGACAAUCCGGUUGUCGGUAACCAGUACGAUGACGGAACCCUUCAGGAGGAAACGCUGGAUUACGAAAACAACAAAAUUGCGCAGUUCGAUAAUGUGGGAGCUCAAGCAACACUGAAACCAGCGCCCUUCGACUUGGAGCAAAAUAUGGUAAACCCGGAGGAUAACACUCACGACGAGAUGAAACUACGCGACUUCGGCCACGUGUACGUCAUCCAUGGUGAUGACGAUGACGUCAACGGAUCGCCGGGGGCUGUGAUUGGCGCAGACGGCACCGUGUACGGCACUUCGAACGACUAUGAUGAAAGCGUGUUUGUGAAUGCCCCGCCAGUACACGGCAAUGACAUCAUCGAUGAGGGCGUACACAACGUGGACAACUUUGUGGAAGUGGACUACUUGAACCCGAUUCAACUGAAUCAGGAUCAAAUUGGUCCGAGCGGAAUAGAAACUGAUGUUGAUAUACCUGAUUACGUAGCGCACAGUCCAGGUGAUUUAGAAGCUGCGGCAAAUUCUGCUUCCAUGGAAACCAAUGGCAAAUAUGAAGAGGAUUACGGGUAUGGGGAUACGCCGCAAAACAACGCCCUCUAUAAUAACCAUUUGAUAGGGCAAACGACAGGUUACAAUUCAAAGUUUCCUACAACCAAUCAUCAAACAGGAAAUAGUAACAAUGGUUAUGGUCAAGGUUCACCACGACAUGGUAGUCAUAACAACCAGCACGGUUUUAACAAUUAUGGUCAUCGGCAAAAUGCACAGCAAAAUCCCGAUUACAAUAACGCAUUGUCAAAUCAUCAACAAGGUUACAAUAAUGCAUUGCCCAAUCAUCAACAAGGUUACAAUAACGCAUUGCCCAAUCAACAACAAGGUUACAAUAAUGCAUUGUCAAAUCAUCAACAAGGUUACAAUAAUGCAUUGCCCAAUCAACAACAAGGUUACAAUAAUGCAUUGCCCAAUCAACAACAAGGUUACAAUAAUGCAUUGCCCAAUCAACAACAAGGUUACAAUAAUGCAUUGCCCAAUCAACAACAAGGUUACAAUAAUGCAUUGUCAAAUCAUCAACAAGGUUACAAUAAUGGUUACAAUAGUCCUUUAUCACAAAAUGGAGGACGGGAAAACAGCGACAAUUACAAUGCAUUUUCACGUCAACAAGGCAGAAAUGGCGUACAUCAGAAUAAUUUUCAAAGCAGUGGCGCUCUCAAUAGCAAUUAUAAUAAUGGAUUACCAGGUCAGCAACUGAAUGGUGACCAUGGUAUCAACAAUCCAAGCUUAUCUCAAUACGAACAAAGAAAUAGCACCCCCAACAGCACUGAACAAGUCAAUCAUCCACUGGGUGGCCUAGAUCAGGCUAACAGCGCCACCAAAGUUGGUAACCAGGAACAAGAUUAUACUAACAAUGGUGAAGGUCAAAGUUCACAAGUUUUUAACAUACAAGAUUAUCAUGCAAAUUUGGCUGACUCUCCGAACGCUGUCGACACUGGAGAAGAAAAUGACGAAAUUCAAUUAAUUGAGGAAAAUGAACCAGUUUAUCACCCCGACAACAAUCCCGGAAAUGUAGCAGGAAUGAAUUCUGUCAUGAAUUCCGAUACAGAUAAUGGAAAUGCCUUUAUAGACGACUACUAG